AUGACGGACUCACCCUUGCCGCGGAUCCCGCUGGAUGCGAAAGAGCAGCCCAUCCUCGACAAGCUGCAGUCCAUACGGACCGAGCUUGAACUAAUGAAGCGUGAUCGGUCGACAUACGUCAAGAGCCAAGAUGUAGUAAAACUAUAUGACCAAGUCAUCGAGCAAGUCAUGGUUCUGAACGAGAUCCGCGAAACCAAGCGUCUCGAGCAAAACAAGGAUCAUCUCAAGGAAGCUACAUUCUAUUCGCAGAAAGAUCUCGAGGCUCUCGACAAGAAUGUGCAAGACUGUCGGCGUUAUGUCGAGAGGGGUAGGGAGAUGUACAGUCCCCACCUCGUGACCCUGCUCGAUGCUCGUCUCAAAGUGUGCGAGGAGAUUUUAGCAGAGCUGAAGCUUACGUUAUCUGAGCUUACGCCCGAACUGACACCGAAGUGGGAAAAGCUAGUGUCGAUACUAAGAUCACUUUGUGGCUGCAACGCCAGAUCAAAGUUCCCUCACGAUGAAGUUGAAGAGUAUUCGGAAGAGCUAAACAAGCUCGCCGAAGAACUCAAAGAAUACGGCAUCCGGGCGUAUGAAACAGAAGGGACCACAGAGGAGAGACUAGCUGAGAUGGUAAAUAAGAUGCAACUUGUCCAGGAGAAUCCCGAGCCGGCGCCAGAAGCCAAUACCCUCGUCGGGACCCUGUUGCGGCGAAACCUGCUCUGGGUCACCUUGAUCAAGCAGAAGCAAGGACGUAUAUCACCCGCGUUCAAAGACACUUAUGACAAACUGCUCGCUAUCCGAAACAAGCUCGAGAAACUUACGCUUACUCAGGCGUGGUCGCUCCGUGAGACCGACCUCUGGGACUUCCAGCGUCAGCUUGACCGCGUGGACGAAGCGCGAGUGGACGGCAACUUUGUGGAUGCUCUCGGUCGACCUUCAGAAAUAUACGAGCAAAGGACGUUGCUCUACCUUCUGCGAAAGAGCUAUGCGUUGAUAUACCAGCUCAUAUUAACAUCGGAGCCUGUUUCUGAAGCGCUUCUACCAAUCUAUAACCAACUGACCACGCUUCGGAAAUGCCUGCUUGAAGUGAAGAAGCUUGGGGGCGUUUCUUCACCAAGGGAGCUAUACCCCUACAGCAUGAAGCUGAAUUCGAUCGACAACAUGAGGGUAGACGGAAAGUUUAUGGUGGGCGACGAGAUACCCGAUGGUCAAGGCCGCGUGACACAGCUUCUGGAAGAAUGUUUCGAGCUCGCAUACGAUCUGAGGAACGAUGCGACAGACAACAGCUCGGCGGAGGCCACGCCAUCGAACGAAAAGGCCGAGCCUCUCAGCGCCUGA